AUGGUGGCGGCGCGUUGCGUCGCAUCCAGCCCCAGCAACACCAGCGUGGACGCCAGCACCAGCGGGGGACGGCGGGCGAUGCUGCUUCUGGGCUUCAGCACGCUCGCGGUGGCAGCGGCGGGCCCGGCGGCGGCGCAGCUGGAGCGCCCAACCAACAAGGAGGUGGAUAACGACACUUCGCCCUUCAUUCAGGAGCUGCUGCGCCGCACCGAGGAGAAGCGCGAAGAGCGCAAGCAGCAGCGGCUGAACGAUUACUACAAGCGGAACUUCCCGGAGUACUUCAAGUUCGACGGCGGCAGCGAGGCGGCCGCCACCGCGCGGGGGUUGUCACCCGAGACUGCGGCGGCGAUGCGCAAGUGGCUGGAGGACAACGAGGAUCAGCCCAUGCCUGGCCUGAGGAAGAGGGACUAG